CAACAGACUUGUGGUCCUCUCCCUCCAAUCCACCCAACAGACUUACCUUCGCAUUUCAGCCAAAUUACACAGAAUGGGUCUUGCUGAAAGUCGAAUGAUUGUGGUGAAACUUGAGUCUGCUUGCAUUGAAGCAGAAUGUCGAGGCCAUCGUGAAAUCAAGAAUCUACUUUCGGACAAUGAAUUUAUAAAAAACUUGUCCAAUAUUUGGAGAGAUAUACCCGCUGUUUCAAAGAGACAGAUCCAGGAGAGAAGAAAAAACCGAAAAAAGAAAGCCCCACAAGACCGCAAACUUAUCGACCUGGAAGCGUUAUCAUUACAAAUCCCACAAUGGAGAACCAACAUGCGAAGUUUUUUCAGUACUGAAAAGACCCUCGACCUUGAAUUAAACUAUCCGAUUGCCGAAACUUAUACCUUCCUUCUGCAGCUAGAAGCGCGUGGAGAAAGAGAUACCUGGCGUCUAAGACUUCUCAAGGUCGUUUUCCAUUAUCUUCUCAAGAAGUGCACGUCUUAUGGCCUGGAGUGAUAUUGGACGGAGGCUAGAUCUGCUUUGCCGAGAACUUGCCGAUACAGGAGAUAAUCUUACUCAUGGUCUAACAUUUCUCGGCC